UACCUAGAUUCUUUCUUAUAUCUUAUCCGUGGUUCCUUCCUCUCUGGCCCAGAUUUUAGCCAUCUACCAACACGAGAAAAAAAUUCAUUCCUAUCCUAUCACAUCACAAUGUCUGCUGCUGCUCCUGCUCCCCCAGUCAACCCUGACCGGCCCGAGACCGGUCACUCGGCUGGCAAGAGUUCCUUGUCCAGCAAGUCGGACCCGAACCAGGCGCUGAGAGGUGAAGAGGCUGUGUACAGCGUUGGAUCGAGUGGAUUCUCUCUACGCUCAAUGCAGCAUCGCGACCGCGAGGGCAAAAUCAUCACUGAACCCGACUUGUCCAACCCUACCCGUUACCGAUUCGAGCGGCCGCUGGACACUAUUCGAUCGUUCGAGGCAGCCAUCGAGCGACGUCGUCGUGAGGCCAUGUAAGAUGCGACAUGGCGUGUGAAUAUACUGCGAAUGAUGUUUGAUUCUUGUGAUUAUGUUUGGGUUCGGCGCUGGACGACGUAUGGACAUGGACAUGGAUAUGAUUUGGUUUGAUUGAGCGUGUAUAUUACUUUACUGGGUAUGCUUCUGGAAUAUUACCUGCUAUCUUAUCACA